UUGGCAACCAGAAGCUUGUUCUCCGGUGUAUUUGUGUUCCACCUGUUCAGCUAAAUACGUCACUUAAUUUUAACGUUGUUUUAUUCUAUUUUAUGCAUUAAUGGGUUUAAAGCUAUUACGAAUGACGUAGGCGAAAUUUGUUCGGCUAACUUUUAACAUUAGCUAUCUAGCUAACCUGCUAAGCUUGAGUCCGCAUUGUUCACCAUGUCUCUUUGAGGAGAUGAACUCCCGCCGGUGGUGUCGUUCACUUCACAUAUUUAUCGCAUUGUGUGCACAUUUAGCAAACGCAGCCACAGAGUCGGGGGUCUCCUCAACCGUCAAUGUCCGCCCAACAAACGCGGGGCCUUUGAGCUCCGCGACCCCUGCUCCUGGCAGUACAGAGGCCGUGGACUCCACCAGUGUCGGCACCACAGAGGUUUCUGUGGCUCCUACUGUUCUGACUGAAGCUCCCUCUGCACCAGCCUCCACACCUACCGUCCAGCCUGUGGUGACUCCAGAGGGUUGUCUCUGUGAUUUAACCCCUGAUUUCUGUGACAUUGGCUGCUGUUGUGACACAGUUGAUUGUGGUGUUGCUAACUUGAGUACAGUUUUCACUGACUGUCCACAGAAAGCCAUAUCCGGAGUUUGCAUCGAGAAAUGGCUGAUUUACCGGGCUAAUGUUGAUUCAUCUCUUGUCACUGUGACUGACUCCUUGUUUUGUGUCCGGUCUGAAGAUAAUGCGCCCCAAUCUCUCCAAGCUCUACCUGAGUAUCUGGCUUUAGGGGAUUCAUACCACUUCUCACCACCAGCACCUACAAGCAGCAGCCACAGCAGAGCUUUCUACAGGGUUGAUGAUGUUAUCCAGACAUAUUUCUCCAGCUCGUCUGUGCGGGGUCUCCUCCGUCAGCCGUCUCCAGGAGCUGCUGCUGCAUUCUGUAUCAGCCGUAACCCUGCAAAGUUCUUGAGGUCUGUAUCUCUGUCUUGUACUCGCACGUUGACUCCUCAGUCCUGCACCACAGACCCAAAUCUCAACGCCCGCUCCUACUUCUCUGACUUAAGUCUGAUCAAGAUUCCAAUAGGUGAGAUGGCAGAAGUGUCAGACUUUCUGAUCCCAGUUACACCACUGUCUGAGUGGCCUGCACCAGUUCAACAAAACGGCUCCUGUGCCAAUGUGGUAAAAAAGGUGGAGUUUAUCGUAGGAUACACAGGAAGAGGAGAACUCACGUAUUCAUCUGUGAACAUAGUCUUAGCUGAUGUGGAACCAAAUCAGUUGCUGUUACAGACACACUCUGUGCAGUUCCAGCUGGCAACGCCUAGCCCCACUCCAGGAGGAACAAUCCCUGCAGUAGGACUCAGAGUCGGAUCUCCUGUCAUUGGCCACUUUAAUGGAAAUGUGUCAACUCUGACCACGCUGAAGGUGUCUCAGAGUGGGGAGUGUUCCUCUGACCCCAACAGACGAACGCCCAUCCUCUUCCCACACAACACCAUCACUGGCUGCACAUUCAGAUCCCCAUCUAGUGACUGUUCAGAGCUGCAGUCCCAGAUUUAUGGGAUCCUGCAGGGACUUGCUACUCCUGAUGAGAUCGCCAUGAACUCGGGCUCCCAACUGAACUGGACAAGAGUCAUCACCCAGAAGUGUCCGGACAGCUUGCAGGAAACAUGUGAAUUAGGCUGCCUCCUCCCCAACUCCCUUUCUAUCCGAGUGCUGUGGGCUCGCCAGGGUCGCUUAGACUUCCCCCAGAGCUACAUCUUGGGAGCCAAAUACCUUUUCAAGUGUCAAAAUUUCAAGUGUCCUAUGUCGUCCCCUCUCGCUCUAACCACUGAAGUGACGUUUGCCGACAUUACAGUUUACCCAACACCCCCCAGGGGCUUGCCUCAGCCUGACUGGACGUUUCCGUUUGGUUUCUUCACUAGAGGCAGUGCUGAGCUGGACGGGCACAUUGUUAUUAACGGCAGUGACACCGAGAAGGUCACAUGGAGUUUAAUGCUGUUCACAGUCAUGUUGCUAACAGGAUUAGAAUUCUUCACCGUGUAGCUGGAUACUGAAGGUAACAGUGGAGCAGUUAGAGAAGUUUUCAGGGCUUCUUAAUUUGAGGAGAGAGUAUUAGAAUUUUAUUUUGCUGAGCCUUUUUUUUCUUUUUACAAUAUAAAAAGUCAUCUUUCUUAGGUAAAACAUGAAAAUGGUCCAUAUGGUAUCAUCCUAAAAUACCUUAAUUUAUGUGUUUUGUACAUUUUCAGGAAUAAAUACAUUUUUACAAGACA